AUGGGGGCCCUUGGGUCAAACUUGCGCUCCGUCGACUGGAAGCAGGUCGAGCUGACGCCCUUCACCAAGGACUUUUACGUCGAGCACCCCGAGACUGCUGCGCAGACGGAUGAAGAUGUACAGAACUUCCGUGCCUCACAUCAGAUUUCAGUCGAGGGUCGCGAUGUGCCCAAACCCAUCACAACCUUUGAGCGUGCAUCCUUCCCCGCCUAUGUCAUGGACGUGUUGAUGCGCGAGGGUUUCUCCACCCCGACCCCGAUUCAGGCUCAGGGCUGGCCUAUGGCGCUGGCUGGCCGCAACAUGGUUGGCGUGGCUGACACCGGUUCUGGCAAGACGCUUUCGUUCAUCCUGCCUGCCAUUGUACACAUCAACAACCAGCCUCUGCUCCGCCCUGGCGAUGGCCCCAUUGCGCUAGUGCUGGCGCCUACUCGUGAGCUGGCGCAACAGAUUGCCGAGGUGGCCCACAAAUACGGCUCGUCGUCUCGCAUCAAGACGACGUGCGUCUUUGGUGGCGCCCCGAAGCGUGGUCAGGCCAUGGAUCUGGAGCGCGGUGUUGAGCUGCUGAUUGGUACGCCUGGCCGUUUGAUCGACUUUUUGGACACACGCAAGACCAACUUGCGCCGCUGCACAUACCUUGUGCUUGACGAGGCCGACCGCAUGCUGGACAUGGGUUUUGAGCCCCAAUUGCGCAAGAUUGUGUCUCAGAUUCGUCCUGAUCGUCAGACCCUCAUGUGGAGCGCGACCUGGCCCAAGGAGGUGCAACAGCUGGCUUAUGAGUUUUUGGGCCAAGACGUUAUCCGCGUGCAAAUUGGUGCCAUUGGUCUUUCUGCGAACCACCGCAUUAAGCAGCACGUCAUGAUCAUGCAGGAUUACGACAAGCAGCGUGAACUUUUCCGCCUCUUGGACGAAAUUAUGCGUCAGAAAGAGAACAAGACAAUCAUCUUUGCCGAGACCAAGCGCAACGUUGAUGACCUCACUCGCAACCUCCGUCGUGAAGGCUUCCCAGCCAUGUGCAUGCACGGUGACAAGCAGCAGCGUGAGCGCGAUACGGUCUUGGCCGAGUUCCGUGACGGCCGCCAUCCAAUUUUGAUUGCCACCGAUGUGGCUUCGCGUGGUCUUGACGUGAAGGACAUCAAGUACGUCAUCAACUUUGACUACCCUAACAACUCGGAAGACUACGUGCAUCGCAUUGGUCGUACGGCUCGCGGUGGUGGCGAGGGCACAGCCUACACGUUCUUCAGUAGCAAGAACGCCCGCCAGGCUAAGGAUCUUGUAUCCGUCCUGGAGGAGGCCAAGCAGGAAAUCCCCCGCGAGCUGCGCGAUAUGGCCAGCAUCUCGUCAUACUCGUCUGGCGGUCGCCGUGGUGGCGGUCGACGUGGUGGAGGCGGCGGUGGUGGCCGCGGCUUUACCGGCGGCAACAGUGCACCUUAUGGUGGCUCUGGUGGCGGCUAUGGCCGAUACUAA